GCUCCAGGAAGUGCUGUGCCGUUUGUAGAUUAACAACAGCGAAGGUCUUGCCACCGACGCGGGCAGGCCAGCUGUGGGAGUUGUGUCUCCACCCAGAGGCCCCCGAUAUCAACAGAUGACUGUGACUGAACUUAAAGAACGGCGCACAAAUAGGUUUGGUCGUGUGCUCUCUUGCUAUGCUCGGGUCUAGCUCGCCGGAUGGUCGGGGUUCUUCCUCACCUAAUUGUACUAUCGCACUCCACUACAUUUAUAUAGUGCACUUUAUGGAAAACUCUUAUAUAUGUGGAAAUAUGUCUAUAUGGUUCCGAAUAGCACUAUAUAUGUGUGUGUACAAUGUGUAUGUUGGCUCGCACUUGGGAAUUAAGGAUCUUUCCGUUUCGGCAUUUGUCUGGAGAGGCGAUGUCAAAGGCAUAUUCGUUCUGCGCUACGACAUCUUUACAACAGUUCACCUUGACCGUGGCAUCGAAGAACACUGCAUUCAGAUUCGAAGCCGAUUCGAAUGCGAAUGUCAAUGCAUUCGAGUCAAAUUUCGUUAAUGACAGCAUCCGCAUGACCGAUUAUUCGAGCACACCGGAUCCGAAGCCAUAGCCAUUCACUACUGAGGGAGCAGCAGCAGCAGCUGCCGUGCGGUUUCCGUUUGGCAUGAUGCCUGCCCCAGGAUGACAGCUACGACACCGCACACAGAUCCGGAUAGGGAUACAGAUGCGGAUAAGCGAUUUGGCCUUUGUCGCGUUGGAAUUGCAGCACUUUUCUAAUGAACAACGGAUACGGGCACGGGAGAGAUGACAGGGAUGCGGCAGAUUGCUAAGGCUUACAAAUCAAAUGUAUUCUCUCUCUGCCUGGAAAUAAUCAUUGACUUUCAUACGUAUUUAUGUGUAAUAAAACGUU